GAACUGUCCGCUUAGCGGCGGAGUCAGGAAACACAGAGACUUGGAUAAGGCCAUGAAACCAAAGCUUAAACCCACAGAAACAACACCUUGAUUUCUCAACACCCUCCUAAAAAAAACCCAACUUUGAGAUUGAGUCCUAGUUGUUCAUGGAGAUUGAGAGCCACCCAUUUGGUAUUGGUUGCAAUUCUGUAAGGCAAACUCAGAACUUAAAAAAACUUCUGAUUUAUCUCCACCAAAUCCCUCUCUUUAGAAAUUAAACCAAAAAAGAUUAGAUCUUUUUAAGUUUUUUCAUAGAUUUUAAGAGGUACCCUUUGUGUUUGAGCUGAAGUGAGCAAAAGGGUAGAGCUUAGUUUUGGAGUCUGCAUGAGUGAGCAAGAGCACAGUUGGUGUUUCAAGUUUCGGAGGUUGAAGCAAAAAAAGCAAUGGCUUUGGCUUUUGGUUCAACGGUUACUCUCUCUCAGUAUUGUCUCAAUUUCAAUUCCUCUAGAUUUCACCAUCGGAUUGCUUCUCGCCAAUGGUUGAAUUUGAACCAUGUUUCUGUUGGUUCUCAUAGAUUUAUUAAUGCAAGGUGUUCAAUGACCAACACUGAUGUACACUUCAACCAUGUGGCUACUGAAAAUGAGACGCAAGAUGAAUCAUCAGACAUAGGGAUUGAGUGUUCGGUCCCAGUUGUUCAUCUCACACCUGAUAUCCUUGAGACUGAAUCUUUGAGUUUAUUAACUGAAGACACUUAUGUGGAUAGUCUAUUGAUAACACUGCCUGUUUUGUCAAAAGAGGAGCAGCACACCCUUGCAGCUACUCCGGCCCAUCCAAUGGGAUUAUAUGCUUUAUAUGCUAGUUGUCUAGCUGGAAAUGUGGUGGAACAAUUUUGGAAUUUCGCUUGGCCCUCUGCUAUUGCAUUAAUAUAUCCAAGCCUUUUGCCAGUGGCCCUCAUUGGUUUUGUUAGUAAGCUUGCAAUAAUUGCUGGAGGUCCUAUAGUGGGUACACUUAUGGAUCAUUUCCCCAGAGUGCCUGCGUAUAACUGUCUGAAUAUUAUCCAGGCAGCUGCUCAGUUAUUAUCUGCAACAAUGAUAAUUCGUGCUCAUUCAGUUCCCCCUUCUGCAUCGUCCCUCCUUCUCCGUCCCUGGUUCAUUGUACUUGUAUUGAGUGGAGCUGUAGAGAGGCUAUCUGGUGUAGCAUUAGGAGUUGCUGCAGAGCGUGAUUGGGUGGUGCAGUUGGCAGGAGUGAACAGGCCUAUUGCACUCGCAGAAGCAAAUGCCAUUCUUAGUCGAAUUGACCUACUCUGUGAGAUAGCUGGGGCAUCACUAUUUGGCAUUCUUAUCUCGAAGUAUGACCCAGUAACAUGCUUGAAGUUUGCCACAGGUUUAAUGGUGUGGUCGUUGCCUUUUGCAAUUGUUCUCACGUGUUUAACCAACAAGCUUUCUAGCGGGGUUCUUGACCGCCCUAAAUGUUCACAAACCUGUUGUAGGACAUUUACUGAAGUACCUCUUCUUGAUACCAACAAUAUAGUGGGUAAAGGUUUCGAAGCUAUUAAACUUGGAUGGAAGGAAUACUUACAGCAGCCAGUUCUUCCUGCAAGCCUAGCCUAUGUCCUGCUGUAUUUUAAUGUUGUACUAACUCCAGGCAGUUUGAUGACAGCCUAUCUAACACAGAGUGGUCUAAAUCCAUCUAUCAUUGGCGGUUUCAGUGGACUAUGUGCCUUUAUGGGUGUCGCAGCAACAUUUGUCUCGGCUAGCCUGGUCAGGCGACUUGGCAUCUUAAAGGCUGGAGCAGCUGGGUUGAUAAUUCAGGCUUCACUUCUCACCGUAGCUGUUGCUGUUUAUUGUAGUAGAUCUCCUUCCCAGCAAAGCCCCCUUCUUUUCUUCUUGUGCUUGAUUGUAUUAUCAAGGUUAGGACACAUGUCAUAUGAUGUUGUGGCAGCCCAGAUUCUUCAAACUGGGAUACCGCCAUCCAAAGUAAAUAUCAUCGGGACAACAGAAGUUGCUGUUGCUAGUCUGGCAGAGUCUGCAAUGUUGGGAGUUGCAAUUAUUGCCAACGAUGUUUCACAUUUUGGAUUUCUAUCGAUGUUGUCACUCCUAUCAGUAGUUGCGGCAGCAUGGAUGUUCUGCCGGUGGUUGUUGAAUCCAACAGAUGAACAAAGAAGUCUUUUCUCAUUUGAUGCCCGCUGUUAAUGUUGAGUUAUCUGUGGUGGAAAGAGAGUUUGGGGUUGAUCAGAAACAGGAUAUAGUAAUACUUCAUAUGGUGCCGGUAAGACGCCUUCGUAUUGUUUGGAUAUAGAUGAUAGCUCUGAUGGACCCUUCUUGUACAUACAUUUUGUAAAUCAUUUAUUUAUUCAAAAUCUUUUUGUGUCGGUAAAAA